GCGUCGGGGCGUGGUGUAUGAUGGGAAAAAAAAGUUGUAGGUAAAUCAGUUCGGAGCUUCCCCGUUACACCAAGCGCUGCUGCAGGACUUUUCUCAUUAACACAAAGACAUCGGUUAGUAAUGUCUGGAGGGAGGAUGCCCAACUGCCCUGCCUCUGUGUCCAAAGGUUUCAGCUCGACCCCCAUCAAGACCAGCCUGGGGAAAGACAUCCACACAUCUAAGGCCCUGGACGAUGGCAUCCUGUCUGACGACGAGGACACAUUCUCUCUGCUUUCUCCCAUCUAUCAUGACAGUUUUGACAGCGAUGAAGAAGACCUGGAGUCCGUCUCAGCUCGGCAAACUUCACCCAGGCUCAGCACAUCACCAGUCAGAUGUGAGCUACCGAGAACACCUUCAGAGCAGAUGUUGAGUCCAGCUGUGCAGCCUUCAGGAGCACCUUCGCUCAGUGCAUGGGAAGUGUGGCUGGUAAACAAAGCUAAAGAGGACAGUCUAAAACUGGAAAAGAAAGCAGAGGAGGAGCGCUUACUCAAAGAAAAAAAAGUACAGCAAGAAAGAGAGCGGGAACAGAAAAAGAUCAUUGUGGAUGAGAAGGUCCAAGACUGGCUAAAAUUGAAAAGAGAACAGGAGAGGCACAAGCAAACUCUGAAACACAGUAAAGAGGAGAAGGAGAUGCAGAGGCAGCGGGACAGGCAGAGGGAGGCUGAACGGAAAGCUCAGCAGAAGUACAAAGACUGGCUGCAGAAAAAGGACCAAGAAAAAUCAGAAAAGGAAAAGAAGGAAAAAGAGGAAGCUGCCCUGAAGGAGGAGCAGGAGAAGGAGCGCCACAGGAGGGCAGAGGAGAAGUUCAAGGAAUGGCUGACAAAGGCCAAUGAAAAAAGCAGAGCAAGUCCCAGAUCACCCUGCAGCGCAACAAGUCCCUACGACAGAUCGUACCCAUCGCCCAGUUUCUACAAUCCAAUCCCCUGGAAGCCCAUUCACAUCCCUCCUCCAGAAACUUCGCUGAAUAAGACGUCUGGCAAGAAACCUCAGAAACAGAGAAAAAGCCAGCCGAGCCCCGGCGCCGCUUUCAGACUGAGGAAGACUGUGAGCGUGGCACAUUCGCUGCCGAGGAGAUGACAGGGCAGGCUGUCGUCUGGUGACUGGGAUACGGUAGCUUAGUUACGGCUCAAAUAUGAUUUCACCACGACUCAUCCAAACCAGCGCGGCUCCUCAGCCGAGUGUCUGCUGAGUCACAGAUGAUUUCUGCUCUCUGAAAUGGUCGCUGUGGUUUGUUAUCUUCUAAGAAUGCAUUAGUUCAGAUCAGUUUGUACGUAAAGAUUUCUGAAUGUUCUGGAUUUAGGAUUUUUUGAUGAUUUUACAGAGCUGUCUAUAUUUUUUCCUGACACUAAUGUGGCUUUUUUUUACCAUGAUAAUGUCUAGCAUACACAUUUGAAAACCUAGAGUAUGCUAUAUUUUGUAUUAUUCUGUAAAUUCUAUUUUUAAUUUACAUAAAGGAGGCCUCAUAAAUG